ACGCUAGAGUUGUUCAAUACUUCAAGUACCAGCGCAUCAAUCACGAAUCAAGCAAUUAAUGACACAACAUCACUUCAGCAUACUGGCACACUUGAAAACUUUAAUCAAACUGUUGUCAUUACAGUUUUAGUUUUCGGUCAUAUAGAUUUAAUAGUCUGCUCUCUUGUG